AUGUGUCAGCACCGCCAAUCUCAUCCUCUGGAAGGGCCUCAACCGCGGCUGUACCAGGUCGUGGAACAUAUACACGCUUGCGGCUCGUGUUCUGCUUUUGCGAGAAAGUACGGCAUCCUUGCUGCGGAUAUCGUCUUGCGAAACAGCCUCAAUACGGGAUGUACCAGCGUUUUGAGCGGCACGUACGCCUAUAUCAACCUCAUUGGCUUCGAGCCCCCAACCACAGCCAGAGCGGCGGCAACGACAACGACAGGCGACGAAUCCUACAUUAUCGGGGAGAAGAUGACCUGCCAGGGGGUUACCGAUUACAAUAAGGCCGCGCAAGCUGACUUCUUCAAGUGGAAUCCCGAGGUCGACAACGCCGGCAUCAUACCACGAUUGGGUGUCUAUGCUUAUACUAGUAUGAUUGGAUUAACUCCCAAGCCGACUGCCACAGCUCAACCACCGAAGACUAACCUUGGCAACGGAAUGUCAAUACCCCAUUCCAUUCAGCCCGGCAUGGCGUUCAACUGA